AUGCUGAAAGUACUUUUAACUUUUUGUGGUUUACUUUGCGGCGCCAACUUCAAUAUUGAAGUAUCAAAAUCGAAAAAUAUUUCAUGUUUCCCUUCUUCUACAACAUAUGGACAUAAUGAAUGGUCGACAGAAGUUUACCAAACUAUUUUCAACAUAAUGAUAGAUUACCAUAAUUAUGUUGCUAUUGGCGCUUUACUUCCAAUAACACCACAGCCAAAUAAAAACAUCCAAACGCACAGACGUCCUACAGAGUCAAAUGACGAUUUACAUAAGCACAUUAAUGUCGUCAGUAUGGCUAAAGCCAUUCAACAUCGAUUGCUCGAGGGAAGAUUCACAAAAGCAUCUUUUUUUUGCCUCAAAAAAGUUCAAAAGCAGAAAAAAAAGCAACCACAGGAAUUAAGUAAACGAUUUUGUGAUGGCUUCUCGAGUCGGAGACACCAAAUCAGCUACAUUGGUGGAAACAAGAGGUUCAAUUCAGAUCAUGCCGCGCGUGGGAAAAAAUAG